AUGACGUUCAUGCUUCGAGCUCUAGGUGAUGCCAAAGUGGAAAGGGAACGGGUUCUGUCGGUGGAGCCUCAGGCCGGUUUUGCAAUUAAGACGGCUGUUGAAAGCACUUCUCAUAGCGAAUUGGAACCCGGUGUUAAAUACUUCAUCAACGUAUGUCAUGCAUCGCAAGUACCAGCUCCGGAUAUUCCGUUUGACCCCAGUAUAGUGUUCCCGCUAAUUAUGGCCAACCGUUGGGAAAUUCCAAUAGUGACAUCAGCAGCACGCUCCGAUGUGGACAAAAAGGGCUCGACUUGCUACGUUAGUGACUGCUGUGUGAACACAGAGUGUCUGGAAUGGGCUCGACGCAACCCGCAACUCAAGGAAAUUUUAGUCGAGUGGUGCCUUGAGUCCUGUGAACUGCGACAAGAAAUCGAACUUAGUCGCACGAAACUGGCUUUCCCCAAACUUCGCUGUAAAGGCGAUAGCAUUCCUGUAUUAGAGGUACUAAAAGAAGAUUUGAACGCAGACCCGCAACGGGAUAUAUUAGGCGCGGACCAAAACCGCGCUGGUAAUGAUCCACAGGCUUUCUUAGAAAUGAGGAGAGACCUUCUGGAUGACGAAGCAGAUCUCGAUCCGGAUGGGAAGCUUCCACCUCUUUUUCCAAAAGCUCAAACAGAGAGUAAAAAGGUACUUAUUGAAGAGAUUGAGUUCAACCCACUGUCACCAUCUAAAGAAAUGGGAAUUUCAAGUCCACCUACGAAAACACCGCUUAAUUUGGAUGUUCGCAUGGGCCCCGCACCCUCGGAGCAUUGGGCUAAUUUGAAAGUUCAAGUAAGAUCUGAACUAGCGAGACAACAGGACUAUCAAAUAUCUUACAACUCACAAGACAACUCUCUGCACAUAAUGACUUCACCUGACCAUCACACAUAUUCACCUCAAGAGCUGCAGAUACCCCUUCCCCUAGUUACUAAGACUUCUGCAGCCAACAUGGUCACUUCUUUCGAUCGAGAUAACCAUACUCUUACAAUUUUGUUGUGA